AUGCGCUCCGACAUCCUCCUCGUCCUCGCCGCCACCUUUGGCUCCACAAUCGGCCUCCGCCGCGGCUGCAAGCACACCGGCGAGUCCGAGGGCUGGUACUACACUACCAAAAACGACACGUUGGAUAUCCUCGCCGCCGACUUCUGUACGAAGACCGAGGUCAUCCAGUCGUGGAACAACAUCCAGACCAUCGAGCCCGGCAUGAACCUGAAGGUGCCGUGUCACUGGAACGCCGGUGAACAGCGCGACUGCCGCAAAAACACGGACGCAUACGGCGCGUACGUGGUUACCGGCAAUGACACGCUUAACGAGAUUGCCUAUGACUUCUGCACGACCGCGGUUGAUCUGAAGAAUUUGAACCCGAACCUGAUAAAGAACAUCGAUUUUAUCGACCUCGGCUGGGUCAUCGAGGUCCCUUGCAGCUUCAACUAA